AUGGCUUCUGGUGGUCGGAUUGAUGAACUGCAGUUUGCACUUCCGAACUGGUGGGAGCGAUUCAACUGGCAGUGGGAUCAUCCAGUAUUGGUAUUUCACCAGAACCUUACGCGGCACGAAGUUGCACUGAUUCGGAACGCCUCUCAAAAUCGAGUGUGGUUUGCGAAUAUCGACCACCAUUUCCGCCAGCCAGAAAAACUGCCGCGAGGUCCAGACAGGAUAAUAGAAACGGAUAUCCGCACAGGAUACCGGUUCAUGUGCAGAUUUAAAGCGACAUUUGUCCUUGACCAGCCGGCUUUACGGGGAUUCCAGUGGAUGUUAUGGAUGGAUUCGGAUUCCUAUUUCACCGGCCAAGUGUCGCAGGAUUUUGCUUCGGAGAUGAGGAAGGCUGGUGCUGUUUUCGGGUACACGCAUUUUGGCAUGGAGGACGCGCCUCUCGUCAAGAACCUUUUCGAUGCUGCAUUGCUUUUCGAAGCUGCAGAGCUUGGGGGAAGCAAAGGCAGACCACCUGCUGCCUUAGAGGAGGAGGAGGGGGGAGUCCCAAUCCGAGAACGAGCCUUUGCGGAUGGCUUUGACCCGUCCGAGAAGAAUCAGUACUACGAGCGCCUAUUAACAGUCACCUCGGGCUUAGACCGAGGACAGGUUCUUCCAUUCGGAAGCCCCACAUGGAAAGGCAAAGUGCCUCUUACUGACUUUUUGCUGCUGGAUAUUGUCAGUUUUCGGACGGAUGCCUUGCGAAGGUUUACGGAUUGGAUAGAUGAGUGGGGUGGCUGGUGGCUCUAUCGAUGGGGCGAUGCUGCUAUUCGUGGUGUCCAGGCAUGGAUCAUGCUUGAGGCCAAAGAAUGCCUGAACUUUCCCGACCUGCCCUACGUGCACCAACACUUUUGCCGAUGCCGAGAUCCAGACCAGGCCUGCACAUUCUUGGGCAGGGGGGAGAAACUCUUUAAUUGGACAUGCGAUAAUUCUUUCAUG